AUGACUAGUGUUCUAGCUGGCUGUGUCGUUGAUCCAGGCAAGUCAAUUACAGCUCUCAGAGCGCUUUUCCCACUCAAAACUUUAUUAGAGCAGCGGAAUAGGCUCCUCCGCCGACCAUCUUCAACACUCUCCUUCGCCAGCUUCGAUCCGCGCGUCGCAUCUGCUGACAAUGGACUGGGAAUGCGCACCCUAUCCCUCAGUGAAGAAUUAUAUCGCCCCAAACGCGUCGUUAUUGGCAAGUUGGUCGUCAGUUGGGCUCAUAUAGAAGACGGUGUAGACGACGAGGGCAGCUUCCCGAGGAUGGUUGAUAUUUGCGGGCAACGAGUUCAGUGCUCCCAGGACCUAUGGGACAUAUACAAGCUCGACCCCGCCUACGACUGUCUUGUGCGCGUCUUUCCAGAGCUUAGCGUUAUCACCCUCGCCAUCGUCAAGCCAGCCCAACCACAGCCGCUGGGCAAACAUCGGAUGUCCUCUGCAGAGCCUUGUUCAGACGUGCCACCCACUAAAGCCUUUCAUCUCGAAGACAGCGAAGACGAAAUGUCCGUGGAUGAAUAUAUUCAACGAGGACGAAGGUCAGUUGGCAACGACCGACUCAAACGACAGCGGGAAGAGAUAGAGAGGAACCGAAAAAGCAGGCGUGAAAAGGGAGCUCGUCGAGUUGAAGAAUUGACUAGCCGUGGCCAUUCCGUCUUUGAUUUCUCUACUCCGACGACUUCAAGGGAGUCCCCCGGAAAACCGAAACGCAAAGCUGCUUCACUCUUCGACUCUUUGCGCGGCCAUGCCGACCCAGACUACGACACACGAUAUGACGAAGAAGACGAGCGCAACGCGAUGAACUACUCUCCUACCAGGAGCGCUAAACGAACUCGGACUUUCUCUCCCGGUGCUGCUAAGCGCGAUCUCGAAACCCGCAGAGUGGAAAGAGAAAAACAGAAGCGACAACGCCGAGAGCGGGAGUGGGGCUUUCGCAAAGAACAGAAAUACCAACAGUUCUUGAACGAACUAUAUAUGGACAUACCCCCAGAGCCUAUGCUUCAACCAGAAGAUAGCGACAGCGACAGCGAUAGUGACGAUGAAGAGCCUCCAGUGGAUGAAGAAGCGGAAAGGGCUGCUUCCAUUGCAGAAUCUCGUCGCAAGCUUGCUGAACUUGAAGCUGAUCGCCCACUUUGGGAACAAGAGGCAAGAAAGCGAGAGCAGCGGGAAAGGGAGGAGCAAGAAUUGACCAGAAGAAAAGCUGCUGAGCGGCAGGCCGCUGAGGCUCGUAGGGUAGAGCAAGAACGAAGGACUCGAUUGGAAAAGGAACGACAGAAGGCACAAGAAGAAGAGCAAAAACGUGCUGCCCAACAACGAGAGAAGGAACGAAAACAGCGUCAUGCCCGAUUCUCACAGGGGAAAUGGCUGCCGCAGCGGGCUCUUGAGCACUACAUCGUGUCUAGCGACACAUUCGACAACGCCAAGUUCUCUGAUGAGGACCCAAUAGAUUUUGACUCAAUCCCUUGGCCAGUUCUUCACCCACCGUUUACGUUUUCCGUCGAGGAUAUCGGGUGGGCGGCAGUUGAAGCCUUUUUCAGCGAGGCCAGAAAGCACAUGCGGCCACAAGACUUUGUAAACCUCGUCCAAAAGAGCCAUCGCCGCUUCCACCCUGACCGAUGGAGAUCCCGCAAUCUUCUCAAGACUGUGACGAGUGAAGCAGAGCGAGAGUGCCUCGAAGUUGCCACUAAUACGGUUGCGCAGGUGCUUUCGCCGCUAUGGACUGAACUGCGUUAG